GUCUGAAUAUAAGAGGAGGGUCCUAUUGAAGGCAAGAGGCUUUAGAUAUUCUCUGGUAUAUAGACACAUAACAGUUAGCUGAAGAUCCUUCUACAGUUUCUGCAACUAUUACAGACUCAAGUACAAGAAGAUCUACUAGGACAUUCACUGAUUCAGGAUUGUACAAUUGAUUGUAGAAUAAACAAUACAAAAUACUAUUGAAGAUUUGAACAAACGGCACAAAUGGAUUAAUUCUUUUGCUGAACAUGGCUUGAUUUACUUUCAACGGGAAGUUGACUAAUGGAACAUAACAGUGACUGAGUUCAUAUAGUAGAUAUAUGAGAUUAUGAAACUAAUAGUCAUAGAAGACUCUCCGCUGUGUUCAAAAGUGACGAUACCCCAGUUGCUAUGGCAACGAUAGCUCCCACGAGUACUAGCCUCCCGCCAUCUGACAAGAAAUCACCACCGAGACGGGAGAAGAUAACCUCAUCAAAGACCCCACAGUCUGUGAAACAAGAAACCAAGAACCUAAAGAGGAAGCUAUUCACCCCUGGGUCAGCAUCUGAAGAUGAAGAUAAGAAGCAGACCCCAAAGCGCAAGAAGAGUGUAUGCAUGGAGGGCAGUCUGACCCCUGGACAGGGGACCCCCAAGACAGGAUCGGGGCGGCUCACAGUUCCACUCUCAGAACGACAACAGAUGGCGCUUCUCAUGCAGAUGACAGCAGAAAAAAAUGCUCCAGAACCGUCAUCGACGCCUACUUCACCGAGCCACCCGAUGCCUGCAUCCAGUAUCAAGAAAACUCCACUUGAGAAGCGGAUUCACAAACGUAACGAGCGUGGUGAAACAGUGCUCCACCUAGCGGCAAUAAGAGGCGAUUGUAAGCAGACUAAGAAGCUAAUUAAAGCUGGUGCUGACGUGAAUGCCAAAGAUUUUGCGGGAUGGACAGCUCUACAUGAAGCUUGUAACCAUGGCUGGUUAGAUGUGGCUAAGGCUCUGCUGAGAAAUGGCGCAGAUGUCAAUGUACAGGGCUUAGAGAAUGAUACACCACUACACGAUGCGGCCAUAAAUGGUCAUAUAAAGCUUGUGAGGCUGUUGGUUCGACACGGGGCUAAUCCAUACCAACAGAACAGCAAAGGUACCUCACCACUAGAUGUCGCUGCUACCAGUACUAUAGUGAAGCUCCUGAAAGGCGAUGUGUUGACGAGCAGCGAUAGUUCCGACAACAGUUCACCUACAUCACCUGAGAGUAUUCUCUCUGAUAAAGAGGAAGAAAAGACAGAAUCUCAAGACUCUGAGUCUAUUGGCUCCCCAAUACACAGUCAGCUCCAGCUAGAUGCCCUCGGGCUAGCCACAUCAACAGGGGCUCCACGGACCUUCCCCCACCCUCAGAAAUCUUCCCCCUCAUCACAAGAGCAGUCUUCACCAAGGCUGACCCUCAAGUUCCAGCACUUGAAAAACAAGGACCGAGAGGCUGCUGCGGUGGUUCCACGUAAAUCAUACAGUGUGGCGUAUAACGAAGAUAAAGGGGAAGGUUUACGAAUACCAUCCCCAGCAUUUAGUUCAUCAAGCCAAGACAGUGACUUAUAUAACCCUAGGCUGAAUAUAGAUUCAGGCACAGAUGAAAAAGUUAAUUCAACCGAGAGCAAAUCAAAGCCUGCCAGCUUACUAGACUUUGCUAGUGCCUUCAAUUCAUUUGUGGGCACCGGUUCUACCUCUAAAACUGAAGAGUCAGCUACUAUGGAAAUACCCACAACAGAAGCUUCACCAAGUAGUAAUAACAAAAUACGACAUAUACUUCCAAACUUAGACCCUAAACCCUCCAGCACUCCCGCCAAACAGAAAGAUCCAUAUGCAUUUGAGGAUAUUUCAGAUGAAGAAGUGAAACAUUUAAAUAAAAGUAAAUCUAGGGUAGCUGUAGACUCCUCCACAGACUCCUACAUUCCAGAACACAGGAUUGAUAGACUAAAGGCCAAGCAUAUAGACCGGCCAGUAGAUAGACUACAUGAUAGGUUACUAUCAGAUAAAGGUGCAUUCCGGGUGAGUGGUCCAGUUUCAGCCACUAAACAAGAUAAACCUGAGGAUAAAGAUCGUGUAUCUCCCCCUGAAGCCACACCAUCUAGUUCAACUGACCAAUCCGGAAUCACCUCAUCUUCACUCCUUACAGACACUUCUAUUGCCAAAGACAAAUCAUUGAAAAGGAAAGAAAUUCCAACGGGUAACAUUUUUAAAUCAGAGGAAAGCAAUAUAUUUGGAGAAAAAGAGGCCAAGUUAUCACCACGAAGUGAUAUAUGUAAAGAGCGAGAAAGGAAAUCAUCCCCCAAAUUAGAUUUAUUCCGCAAUUCACCAAGGAGUGAUUAUAGUGCGGGUUCGUCACCGAAGAGUGACAAAGAUAGGUCUAAUUCACCAAAAGUUCCUCCUCUUAAAAUUAUUAUACCGUCCAAAGGUAGUUCCAAGGCCAGUAGUAGUAGUGGCAGUGCCAGUCCAGAGAGUGAAGAAAACAUUCGGAAGACAACAAUGAAACCUGCACUUCCCUAUAUUCUCCAUGCUUCAGGUGGAGAGGGAGAGCAAACAGGAGAAGAGCCAAUGUCAACUGAGGCUGUUCCAGUCACCUCCCUUGAGCCAACUGAAUCAGAAAAUGCUGAUAAAGAUGGUGCUAGUGCUACAAUAGAACCACAAGAGGCUGAUUCAACUAAAGGAGAGGAUUCUAAAGAUGGCACAAAGGAGGACAGUAAAGAUGAAGAUAAAAGAGAGGAUAGAGUUCCUAGGUCGACCCGAACUCUGCGCUCCCACACCGCCAAACAGGAGGCUCAACAGGCAACAAGUACCAGCCAGAAUGGCAAAGGGAAAGCAUCUUCAAGUUCUUCAAACAGUGAGAUGUCGAACGAUAGUAAAAAAGAGGAGGAACAUAUAAAUGUUCAUCCACGAAAGCGAAAACUGCGUGGGGGACGUCAUGAGCCUACAGAAAAGCCUGUGCAGACUGCCACACCUCCAUUACCUCCACUUGCGUCCUAUGAAAAGCCAGAGAAUCCUUAUGAGCUAUAUUUGGACAUUCGCAAACAGAUUGCAGCACGUCGCCACAACAUGUUUGUCGUCCAGCCAAAAGCCCCCAAUGGUUUCAAGGACUAUCUCAUGAUGAGUGGCAAUUACGUCCUAAAGGGAAACACGGCCAGUAGGUUCGCUGUUCCUAUGUUGUCACCUCCAAACUCUGUAAGUUCUGGACCAAUGAGGGACCUUUUCAUGGAGCAGGAAAAAGAACGCUACAAACUCCGCCUACAACACGUCGUAGAGAGGGAAAAACUAAUGUUAUCCAAUGAGCAGGAAGUGGUCCGUGUUCAUGGUAGAGCAGCUAGAGCGUUAGCCAAUCAGAGUGUGCCAUUCAGCGCAUGUACAAUCUUGAAAGACGAAGAUAUAUACAACAUGUAUAAUCUUGACGCUGAGAUGGCAGCCGAUGAAAAAGAUAAAAAUGUGCGGUCGCGCUAUAAUGGCCGUCAAUUCCUCUCCUGGAUUCAGGACGUGGAUGAUAAAUAUAUGAAAAUAAAGGAAGCACUGUUACUGAGACAUCAUCAUGAGGCUGAGUCUUUACAUGCUGUACAAAAAAUGGACUGGGAAUUCAAAAUGAAAGAACUAGGAAUUUGUGACUAUAAAUCAAACCCAGUUAUUGAUGACUUACAUGUGCCCAUGGUACAUGUGAGUGAUGAAUUUGAUUUACUACCAACGUAGCGGCAGUUUAGAAAGAGGGGGAUAUAUGUCAAAUUUCAGUGGAGAGAGAUCGAGAAUUUUACGAAUUUACAAAAAUGAUUUUAAAUGACUUAGCAUUGUAGUUUUUGUAGCUAUUGAAUCAGUAUAGCUGCCCGGUGAGUGAAAUCAAUUUUAAAAAGUUGUAUGGAGUUACUCUUGAUAAGAAAUAUGAUCAUUUUGAUUAUAAAUUUUCAACUCCUGUUUACCUCAUUUAUAUUUUAAAUUGUGACUCCAUUAAGGCCAGUUUUAGCUUCAGUUUUAUAGAAAUGAAUAAAUCAAAUGUGAUAUAGACAAGGCUCUAGCAAAGACAAGGCUCUAACUUAGACGAGCCUCUAGCUGCCUGGUUUAAAUUGCAUUAUGAUCAUGGGCUCUGAACCAUAGUUCGAGCAAAGAAUGCAGAUAUUGAGAAAAUAUACUGCAAAGCUAAUGAGUGAAUUAUGUUUUAAUUGCAUGUUUGUGUAACUGUUCUAGAUAUUUUGUGUACCCAUGAAGGAAAAUGAUCAACAGACCUAUAAAGAACUUAUAUUUUGUUUUCUUGUGUUGUUUUUAGCGAUUUGAACAAUGAAAAUUGUUGGACAAAUGAUGAUUCGAAAACAGGGAGAAAAAUUUAGCAGGGUUCACAAUCAAGGUUGAAAACAUGAUUCUUACAAUUAUUGGCAUAUGAUCCUUUGCCCAAUGGGCACCAAGUUCAUUGCUGAGUAAAAAUUGAUUGCCAUAGCCAACCAACUGGAAGUUUUGAACCCUGAAAUAUAGGCUUGUGAGAAAUCAUUUUCUUUCCAUGGGUACUUUUAUUUUACCCGUCAAAAGUACUUCAUUCUUACUCCUGCUCUCGAAAACAAAAGGAAUUUUUGAGAGUAGCGUGUGACAUUGAAUUAUUUAGGACGUCAACUCUCAUCCUCAUGUUGUAAAUACAGACCUCCAUUUAGCGCCAUCAUUUCAAAGAGUGCUUAUUUUUGCAGAUUAUCAUGUUAUAUUGUAAAUAAAUAAACAAUGACAUUGUAUAUAAUAAUUGUAUAUAGUAAAACAGUCAGAUACAUAUUGUACAUAUUGUAGAAUCAUAGAUUUAAGGCCUCAUAUCUGAACAUAAAUGUACAUCGAAUGCAUCUUUAAGGAUCCCAGGCUGUGCAAUCAUUUGAAUUCACUUCCCAAGUAUUAUAACGUCUGUUUAUAUUAAACAAAUGAAAAAACUAGAGCACUCUGGAAAGUGAGCAGUCGUGGGUUCGAUCCCCACUAUGGUAGACUGACUUUUUUACAUCGGCCCUAAGCACAGAAUUUCAUGAUUAACAAAUAGUUGUCAAAAAAUGAUGUACAUUUGUGUUUUGAUUUGUCUCUAAGGCAACCAAUUAAGGUGAUGCAGAUAUGAAGAAUUCAGAUUGCCUUAGAAAUUCAACUAAAAAGUGAUGCCAAUUUAGAGAUCUAUUUUAAUGAAUGAAUCAUAUUUUAAAUUGUAUUAGCAUUUAUUGCAGGCCUGGCUUGGAAGAACAGUUUUUAUCAUAUUUUGGAAUCGAUCUUCAGAUUGAGUCAUGAUUUCAUAUAUUUUUACAUUUGAUUGCAUUUUGGAUGAAAUGCAUUUAAGGUGGGCUUAGAUUGGCAAAUUUUGGACACAUUUACAACCUAGUCCGUCCACCUUAAUUGAUAUUUCUAUUUCAUAAAAAACUGUUUAGAUUAAAAGUAAUUAAGUGAUUACAUUCUUUUUAAAUGUUAAUAUUGAUGUACAAUUUGAAUGGGUUAAGCAAUCAGUGUCAAAGGGCUUUCAUCUAGUUUUCUUCUAUUAGACUAUUGUAAAAUGUCAUGAUAGCACUGUUGCUUAGUUAUAUUAUAUUACACUAGUGUAAAAUGUCAGGAUAGCACCAUUGCUUAUUAAAUUCAAAAUAAAAUAUUGGCGAAGGACAUAAUGACUCAUAAUCUGUUGACACAAAGGUCAUAUGAGUUCAGAAAUUCUGAAAACAUGAUAAUCCUUAUCAAAUUUAAAGGACCUUAAUACUGCUAGAGUGUGUUUCUAGUAAAAUUUAAUGAUUGUGGUUGAUUUCUAUAAUGUUACAUAGGUUCUAUGUUAUUAUAUCAUAAUGGUUUGGUGUUAUAUCACAAUGGUUCAGUGUUAUAUCACAAUGGUUCUAUGUUAUAUCACUAUGGUUCUGUUCUUUCACAAUGGUUCUUUGUAUUUGUGGUAUUGUAUUGUAGUCUACAGUACAUCAUGUGAAGAUGUUCACAUGAAAAUAAAUUCAUGAAAACAA